AUGAGGGUCAAAGUCAGCUACUACAACGAGGACGUCUAUCUGAACCAGCGAGUUCGGCCUAUGCGAGCUGAUCAAGAGAACCCCGCUUGGUUCAACAACCAGAAGUACCAUCUAGGAGAAGCAACAAAUGCACCUGCUGCCAUUGAGGUCGAUGAAGCCGCCAACAGAGACCCUGUGCCUUUUACCAAUGCGUCUCCCGUAUCGUCAACUACUUCCAGCACUCGUUACUUUACUUCGACGACUCUGAGAAUCGACCUGUACAACGUCAUCAAUUACGGGCAAGGAGAGCAGCCACAGAACUACCAGUAUGUGGCUCGCCAACCACAACUCAACCAUAAGAGAUUCAACAUUGAGGCUAAAGUGGACAGUGACAAGGAAGCUGAAGCCAUUGUACGAGUCUUCAUUGGUCCCAAGUAUAACUUGCAAGGCCAGCAGAUCAGUCUUGAGUACGCCAGGCAAUACUUUGUUGAGAUAGACCGCUUUAUCACCAAAUUGAAGAGUGGCCAGAACAAUCUACGUUAUCAACUCUAUGCAGUCUAAAUGGUUCGUUCCACAACAACCUACAACUCGUCAGAUGUUCAAACGUGUAGAGGAAGCUCUG